CUGCUGCCCAGUCGCUCAAAGGAUAUGCGCUUGCGCGUUAAAGAUCACUGUCCGCUCUCCUCAUUGGUUCGUUCGUUGGAGCUCCGGGGAAUAUGAAAUAUCCAGCCAAUAGGAGCAGAGGUGUCGGAGCCCGACGCUUGUGUCCCUCGGCUGAGGUGAUCUGGCGCAGAGCGGAGGAGGUGCUUGGCGCUGCUCUGGCUCCUCCUCUCUUCUUGCGGCCGCGCUGAGGUUGGCCCUGCUCUUGCGGCCUCCCGCAGAAUGUGGAUGACGCCCAAAAGGAGCAAGAUGGAAGUCGACGAGGCUCUCGUGUUCCGGCCCGAGUGGACUCAGCGUUACUUGGUGGUGGAGCCCCCGGAGGGCUCCGGGGCCCUGUGCUUGGUCUGUCGCCGCCUAGUCGCAGCCACUCGCGAACGCGACGUCAGGCGCCACUACGAGGCUGAGCAUGAACACUACGAGCGGUAUGUGUCGGAGGGCGAGCGCGCGGCCCUGGUGGAGCGCCUGCGCCGGGGCGACUUGCCCGCGGCCGCCGCGCUCACUCCCGAGGAGAGAGCUGCUCGCGCAGGCCUCGGGCUCUGCCGCCUCUUGGCCUUGAAGGGUCGCGGCUGGAGUGAGGGGGACUUUGUACACCAGUGCCUGGAGGUCUUGCUGAGAGAGGUUCUGCCCGAGCACGUAGACGUCCUGCAAGGCAUCGACUUAUCUCCGGAGAUCACAAGGCAGAGGAUCCUGAGCAUCGACAGGAAUCUACGCAGUCAGCUUUUUAACCGAGCCAGGGACUUCAAAGCCUAUUCCCUUGCCUUGGACGACCAGGCUUUUGUGGCCUACGAGAACUACCUCCUGGUCUAUAUCCGCGGUGUGGGCCCUGAGUUGGAGGUGCAAGAGGAUCUCCUGACCAUCAUCAACCUGACUCAUCACUUCAGUGUUGGUGCGCUCAUGUCGGCCAUCCUAGAGGCCCUGCAGACCGCAGGCCUUAGCUUGCAGCGAAUGGUGGGACUGACCACGACCCACACUUUGAGGAUGAUUGGUGAGAACUCAGGACUGGUCUCCUACAUGAGGGAAAAGGCUGUCAGCCCCAACUGUUGGAAUGUGAUCCAUUAUUCAGGCUUCCUUCACUUGGAACUGUUGAGCUCCUAUGAUGUGGAUGUCAAUCAGAUCAUAAAUACCAUAUCCGAAUGGAUAGUUUUGAUUAAGACCAGAGGCGUUAGGCGACCCGAAUUUCAGGCUUUGCUAACUGAAUCUGAGUCAGAACAUGGUGAAAGAGUUAAUGGUCGAUGUCUGAACAAUUGGCUUAGGAGAGGGAAAACUUUGAAGCUAAUAUUUUCUCUGAGAAAAGAAAUGGAGACAUUCUUGGUUUCAGUAGGGGCAACGACAAUCCAUUUCUCAGACAAGCAAUGGCUUUGUGACUUUGGUUUCUUGGUGGAUAUUAUGGAACACCUUCGAGGACUCAGUGAAGAAUUACGAGUUAGUAAAGUCUUUGCUGCUGCUGCUUUUGACCAUAUUUGUACUUUUGAAGUUAAGCUGAAUUUAUUUCAAAGGCAGAUUGAGGAAAAAAGUCUAACAGACUUUCCUGCCCUCAGAGAAGUUGUUGAUGAGCUUAAACAGCAAAAUAAGGACGAUCAAAAAAUAUUUGAUCCUGAUAGGUAUCAAAUGGUGAUCUGUCGUCUGCAAAAAGACUUUGAGAGACAUUUUAAGGACCUCAGGUUCAUUAAAAAGGACUUAGAACUUUUUUCAAAUCCAUUUAACUUUAAACCUGAAUAUGCACCUAUUUCAGUAAGAGUGGAACUAACAAAACUUCAGGCAAAUACUAAUCUUUGGAAUGAGUACAGAGUCAAAGACUUGGGGAAGUUCUAUGCUGGAUUGUCUGCUGAAUCUUACCCAAUUAUCAAAGGGGUUGCCUGUAAGGUGGCAUCCUUGUUUGAUAGUAACCAAAUCUGUGAAAAGGCUUUUUCAUAUUUGACUCGAAAUCAACACACUUUGAGCCAGCCAUUGACAGAUGAGCAUCUCCAAGCCCUGUUUCGGGUUGCCACAACUGAAAUGGAGCCCUGUUGGGAUGAUCUUGUGAGAGAAAGAAAUGAAUCAAAUCCAUAAGCCUUUGUAGUACAAGAGAAAAACUCAACAAGAGUUUAAUUCUAAAAGCAAAAAUUGGUCUGAUUUUUCAAGUUUACUUAUUUGGAUUGUGAGAGAGCACCAAGUUAUUACCAGCCGUCCAAAUUGAUCACAAGUCACAUUCUAAGAGUUGCCUUGUUAAAAUCUCAAAUGGCAGCAUGGGACUGAAACAUGAGAAUGCCCCCCUUUUUCAAAAUUCAGUUUAAUGACAAAGUGCUUGUCUUUUAUGAUAUAAUUGAUUCUAAAGAGGUUUAGUAUUGAUAAUGUGAGUUAAACUUGCAGUUUGUUUUUAAGGUGUUAGGAUAUAUGCCAAAAAUUUUAGCUUUUAUUUUAAUUGUUAAAAUUCUGAUACAUAUGUCUUAAAUUAUCAACUCCUUAAAUGUGUGUUUGGACCAAUUUGCAGAAACUCACAUAGCUAGUUCAUAAGUUUCUGAAAAGGAAGAACAUACAUACAGUGGAGGUAUUUUGUCUAACUACCAAAAUGUUUGAGACUCUUUUUUUAAGUGUAUUUCUGAGUCUGAAGUAAAUAUUGAAAUUUCCUCCCUCUCACCACUCCCUCAUCCACCCCGGUGAUACUGAUAUUACUAAUAGAGGAAGUAAUUGAAUGAAGUUUUAGUCACAGGAGCAAGAAUCAUUUUUAAGUUGCUGAUAUAGGAGACUUCCUGCAAUUUGGAGAUAAAACUAACCAGUUAUUGGGGGUUUCCCCUUAAUUUUUGCAACUGGGGGCUGUUUUAUCACCUUGCCUAUUAAAGAACUACGUACGGUAAGUAUAGAAACAUAAUGGUUGCCAGUUAGUAAUUCUUUUUUUCUACUCUUAGACAGAAGUUUGGCCCUGUCAAAAAGGGUGAGAAAAAAAGAUUUUUGCACUCCAGGAUCAGGAGGUGUGAGAUAUUUUAGCUUUUUUGUCCUACCUGCAUGGGUGUUACUGCUUUAUUAAAAAAUCCUGCUUAAGGGAAACACAUUGUUGUAAAGUGAUACAGUAUAUCAGAUUUUGUCAGAUGCUAGAAAUGGAUUUAUUCUAGAAUUUGUUACUGUCCCACACAUUCUGUAUUUAAGACAGUGCACAAGUAGAAAUAAGCAGCCUUAUUAACUGAUUGUAGCAAUUCCAUAUUUCUAGUAAGACAUCUGUUUUGUGCCAAAAGAGUAAUUUUCAAACUUAUGUUAACUGUGUAAAGGCAAUCUUACAGUAAAGUCCAAUAUGUAAAACUAAUUGUGAACAGGGUCUGACUUACAUUCAUAGAUCCUGUCAAGUGCAGUUUGAAGACUCUUGUUCUAAAAUCCUGUCAGAACUAUUGGAACACAUUAUUCUAUGGUUACUAGUGCAGCCAGUUCAAAGAACCAGGUUACAAAACAAGAAUCUAGAAGAAACUUGAGUCUGGGCAAUCAAAACAGAUGCCAUAAUGGCCUAAAAACUAAAGUUGUGUCUGGUUUUUCAGAGGCAGUAACUCCCUUUCCAGAGGAGGCUGAGAAAUGUGUAGGGGCACUUUUUUGGUUGUCAUAUUUACUAGGGGCGUCUGCUGGCAUUUAAGCCUGAAGACCUUUACCCCCUGUAGUGCAUAGGACAGCCUGGCACACUGAAGAUUUUUCCUUCCAAAAUACAGGUUAUUUUAUUUUGAUGGACAGGGCAAAUUACCGGUAGAAGCAAAAUUAAAAAGACAAAUUGGGCAAACGGAAUAAUUGAUAGAGGAGACUAAUUCCAACACUCCAGGUUUGGCUGAUGAGGUGCACUAAAGGCAUUGAUAUGUUCCAGCAGCUCACUAUAGUACUUAUAAAUCCAUAAUUAAUACUGAUGUUUAAUAUUAAUAUUUCAAUAAUAUCAGAUUAAAAGACUCUAUCCUGUUACACAUAGUCAGUUUAGGGCAGGAAAACAAGUGCUAUAUAUUGGCAGGAUACCAAGAAUGGUCAAAUUGAAAUUUUGGUUAAGAGAGUAAGUUUAAAUAUCUGAAAAAACAACACAGAAAAAAAUAAAAGAAUCUACCGGUAAUUUCCUAAUAGCUUUGAGUAUUUUUACAGUAGAAAAAUGCUUUAUUACUUGAGAAAAA